AUAUCAAUAAAAAUAAAGGAGAGGGAGGGGGAGCUGAAAAUUCCAUUGAGAAGCGAAAAAAAACGUAGCGAGAGAAAUUACGACGUCUGCAGGGCACAGCAGCAGCCAAGACGAAACGAAAAUAUAAAUACAAAUUGUGAAUCCAUUGCUGUUGUGUUACAGAAAUAACAGUAACACAGAUAUAGCAAAUUACCAACCAAAAGUAGCAAAAUCCUGCAACGCGACAAGGCGGCUAACUAGCUUCAACAAAAAAGAAAGAAAAAAAAAUCAACAGCAGCAGGAGUAGAAUAAAAAGUAGAAAAGUGCGUGUGUUGUUGGCCAACGUGCCAGUGCGUGCGUGUGCGUGUGUGCAGCUAGUGCAAUCCAGUGCAGUAGACAGCGCACACCAUAAUAUACGCUCACUCAGUGUGGGCGCCAUCUGUAGCAACAGCAACAGCAACAGCAACAGGAAGAGGAAUAGUCACAGCCAGAGCCACAGCCACAAUCCAAUUCACAGCGUACUGCAAAUAUGUCUUCGAAUAAUCAAUCGAGCGGUGUCGCUGCCCAAGUGGCAACAAGUGCCAACCAGCGAGGUGGCAACGCCACCAACUCCACGGAUGCCACAGACACGCAUCACGGCAGCAGCAGCAAUAGUAGCAGCAGCAACAACAAUAAUGCCAGUGCCAAUGCCAACGCCUCCGCCACGGGCAAUGCCACAGCAAGCAGCAACAGCAACUCGAAUGCCGCCACCGCUGGCCACGAUAGUCCGACGCAUAAGGCGCAUGGCGGACACGCAGCGGUCAACACCAAAGAGCGCGUUGUCGACAGCGUUCCAUUUCCACCCAGUCACAAGCUGACGAUGGCCGAGGUAUUCGAUGCGCGCACCGGCAAGCCCAAUCACGAGCUGCUAAAGCAGCACUUCAUUUUGGAGGGCCGGAUCGAGGAGGCGCCAGCACUGCGCAUCAUCCAGGAGGGCGCCGCCCUGCUGCGACACGAAAAGACAAUGAUCGAUAUUGAGGCGCCGGUUACUGUGUGCGGCGACAUCCACGGCCAGUUCUAUGAUCUCAUGAAGCUCUUUGAGGUGGGAGGAUCGCCGGCAACAACAAAGUAUCUGUUCCUGGGCGACUAUGUGGACCGGGGC